AUGAAACAGAGCAGCACUAAUGGCUACGCAGCCAGCGCCACGACCAUCAUAUCUGCAAUACUCGUGAUAUGGCUGACCUACCAGGUAUACGCCUUUAUAGCCUCCUACCGACGAUUGCGACACAUCCCUGGGCCACGUCUAGCAGCAUGGUCCAGCUUGUGGUGGAUCACUGCGGCACUCAGUAGAAAAGGCCAUCUCUACCUCCACGAUGCGCUCAAGCAAUAUGGACCCCUCGUGCGCAUCGCUCCAAACAUCCUCGUCACAAGCGACACGGCCUUCGUCCGCAAGAUGACCGCCGUCCGCUCACCAUAUACACGAAGCGACUGGAACAAAGCUUUCCGAUUCGACGCCGAUCGCGAGAACGUCUUCUCCGAGACUGACGCGAGGAAACAUGCGGAUUUGCGGCAGAAGCUAACAAUGGGCUACACCGGCAAAGAGAACCCUCAUCUUGAGCCAGACAUCAACAACGUCAUCAUGAGCCUCGUUGAUCUGCUGAAGGUCAAGUACACCUCCAGGGGCGGCACAUUAAAGCCAGUCGACAUGGGGCAACUGCUACAGUAUCUAACCCUCGACAUCAUCACCGCACUCUCCUUAGGUAAGCCAUUCGGCUGGAUCGCCGACGACGAGGACAAAUAUGCAUACAUAGCGACGAUGGAAGCCAACAUGCCCGCCAUGAACUUCAUGUCUGCAGUCCCAGCACUAUCUCGAUUAAUGCGCAUGCCUGCAAUCCAGCGGCUCAUCCUCCCCUCAAUGCGAGACCGUAUCGGCAUGGGAAAAGUUAAAGCCGUAAUCCACUCCAUCAUCACUCAGCGCUGCGCCGGCGCCAAGACCGACGACAAACCGCCGAAUGACAUGACCCAAUCCUUCAUCGACCACAACCUCACACUCGGCGAAAUCUGCGACAACGCCCUCCUCCAAAUACUCGCCGGCAGCGACACCUCCGGCACCAUCCUGCGCUCCACCAUGAUCUACGUCACCUCAAACCCCCAGAUCUACCGCAAACUCACGGCUGAAGUCCGCGCUGCAGCCGUCCCGUCGGAUCAGGUCAUCAGCUACUCCGCCUCCCAACAACUCCCCUACCUCAACGCCUGCAUCAAAGAGACGCUCCGCUACUACCCCGUCAACACGGGCCUCAGCCCCAAAACUGUCGGUCCGGACGGCGAUACCUACAACAAUAUGCAUCUCCCCGCCGGCACAGAGAUCGGGAUCUCCGCAUGGUCACUUUACCGCCACAAUCCCAUCUACGGCGCAGACUGCGCCGUCUACCGCCCGGAACGCUGGCUUGAUUCCACGCCAGAGCAGUUGGUCGCAAUGGAGAAGGAGCACGAGAUGGUGUUUCUGUACGGGCGGUUCAAGUGUUUGGGUGAGAGGAUAGCACGGAUUGAGCUCGCGAAGACGGUGUUUGAGUUGUUUAGGCGGUUUGAGUGGAGCUUGUUGGAUCCGAUGCGGCCGUUGGAGGUUGAGGAUAAUUUUGGGUUGUGGGUGCAGAGGGGAUUGAUGAUGAGGGUUGAGGAGUGUGAGACGUAG